UUUAACCAGGUCAUUUACUUCCAAGAAAAUCCAUUUGUUUCCAAGAAAGGAUUAUUUUUCUCCUAAGUUAAUUUGUUUCAGAUGUUUCGAAGAAAGGAUUUUUUUUACCUACUAAUCUUUGUGAAAGGUUAAUUGUUUGUGAACUAUAUAUAAAAAAAUCGGGAUUCUACAUCGAUGGAUUUUGAUUGCCACUAUUAACAGGACUUUCUUUGGUAAGACAUUUUCUUUACCGCUUGGUCUCUGACCAGGGGAAAUCAUUUUCUUACUUGGGGAUUAAACCCGGGGCAACUCCACCCAGCAAGAGUUGAACGUGGUGCACUUUUUGUCAAUCUAGCUUUCUCACCAUCUACAUUACCUAGAGUCGUCUCAGGUAGCUUUUAGCAGAAAUUUCGACCAUCACUGUUAAGAGGAACGUGCCAUCAAGCCUAAUUGAACUAAAAUUGACCGAACAAUACACUUUGCACUAUCUUUAUUUAAUUAUUUUGAACAAUAAUUAUUUUGAACUAAAAUUCCUUGAAUUCAAAAGCUUAAAAAUAAUCUUAAGCUAAAUGGUCACCUUAGCCAACAGUUCAAUAGGAGGGGCUGCAGUUGAGUUUCUUGAACCUACUCCUGAAAUGCCUACUUCCCCUUUGCAGAUCUACCUGAGUGAUUUGUCUCCAUCUUCUACCUGCCAAUAUUCUGUUCCAGAUAUAUGCCUCACCUCAAAAUUUGCAUUAUUCUUUUAGCUUCUUCUUCUGGCACAGUGUAGAACUUGGCCAAUUUACUACAUGGUAUUGGCCCUGUUUAAAUAGCGGAUGGAGCUUUUCCAGGGACUUUUCCUGGUCGCUCUGCUAAGGAUCUGGCAGUUUUGUCCCUUAAUUGGUGGAGCCUGCUUGCAUCUUAGGGGUGGGAAAGGAAUCUGUUUGAUCAAAGGAAGUAGCUUGGCUUCUUAUCACAGUUAUUAACCCUAAGGUCUAAAAUGAAGUAGCCUUUUAUUCUUGUGCUUGUGAAUCCACAUAGGAUGGAUACUCAGAUGCCCUAUUUGUAUAAUCUCAUGCCUAAGGAAAGAUAAUUUCUGCAGAACAAUUGAUGCUCUUUCUCUCAUGUACAAAUUGUCAGCUGCGUCACUCUUUCCUGAUGUAUCACUGCCAAGGUAUCUUGAGUCUUCUUCUUCUGCUUAGAACAUGUUCUUUGGGCUUCUGUCCAAGUCCAUCCCAACAUAUGGAUUGUCCCUAAGAUCUUUCUUCUCUCUGCUUGAUGCGAUUUAUCACAUUUGGUAACCUGCUAUUCUAACGAGAGCAGGGAGAGAGGGAGUGGAGAAAUGGGACAGAAAUACAGGAGGACAAAAAUGUGGAGCUGAAGCUGAGAUGGUGGGGGCAUAAAGACAAUAUCAAUAAUUAAUAGAUAUCUCAAUGCAAAAACCUUUGAAUGGACUGACAAAUUUUAUUGUUGCUGAACAUAUUUUUUACUCAUUUGAACUAUUGUUAUUUUAGGGCUCCUUCACUGGCUUUGAGCCAUUUGGACUACCUGACAAGAGGGAAGCUUGAGCAAGUGAAUAGUUUUUUAAUAGCGGUUAGCAAGUAUUCCUUCAAGAGGCAGAUGGAAUGCACCAAAGUCAUACAGCACCCACCCCAUCUCCUCCUCGCUCCCUUCCCCCCAUGAAUCCUCAGUUGGGUUAAGAUCCCUCCGGUAACCUAGCAAGUCAUAGAAUAAGAUGGGCUGCCUGGUAGGCAUUACUGCAAAUAUGUUUGAUUUUGGUUAAUGCCAUUCCACAGUGAAUAGGAUAGAACUAAAAGGAAACAUCUGUUGCUCUUCUACUUGAUUGAGUUGCACAACUUACAGAUUCUUUAUUUCCAAGGUGUAUUCAGGAGGGUCAGUCUACUAGAGGAUUAUGUGAGUUGGUUCCUAAUUGACAUGAAUUUAGCUCUUGUAAGUUUAUUCUGCAUGUUGGUAGAUGAGACUGGAAAACUGUCUUUUUGUAAGUAUUUUGCUAUUUGCGUGACUUUUACUUACCGUCGAUGCAUGUAGGCUCAAGCGCAAAGCUUACUGAUGGGUAAUUGCAACUUAUUACAAGUCUGUGAUUGUGUGUUCAUGUGAUAGACUGAGGUCGAGAAUAAGUAGAAACUUAUGGGAUUGGCAAUCUGACCGCCUUCCUCUGGGACAUAAUCUUCAUUCCUGCCAUAUCAUUAGUCUGUUGGGUUCUUAUUAUUAUAUGGACAAACUUGGGAAGAUGAAGAUGUAAGGUUUUUCUGUUUAUAUAUAAUCUAAUGUUUAAUGUGAGCUCACCUAAUAGAAUGGCAUUGUGAAGAGGGAUAUAAAACAAAAUAAGAUAUAUUUCUGAUUUACUGGGAUAUGUUUAUAGGCAUAUUCCUGAUUUACUGGGAUAUGUUUAUAGGCAAAUAUGGAUAUAUUACUAUAUCUCGUAUGGAUAAAACAAAAUUUUGAAAGAGCUUCAAUACGCUAUGGUGGGGAGUGACAUUGAUGUAUUCCCUAAAUACCAUAAAACAAUGGCAAUUUCAGACCAGAAGCCUGUCAUGUGAAAACCAUCCAAAGCUAUGCUCAAUGAGUGGCUUAUUUGACAAGAAAGAUUCUAAUGAAUCUGGCGAAAGGAAUAUUUGAUCGUUUUCCAUACCAAACCUGGCAAAAGGCAUAUCCAAGACAUAGAAGGGGUAUAUGGCAACAUAGUGCUUUUUUAUAAGUGGUAUGACAAAAUGGCUUUCGAAUUGCUGUGAGUAAAAUUUGGAGUUGCAUGUAUUCUGGGUGCUUCUUGUGCACUUAUAUCUAUGAAAUCUUGAGGCAUGGCGGGUUUAGAUUUGAAGGAUGCUUUCUAGUUCGUGCAUGUUUGUUUCAGAGUAUCUUCCUGUCUACAAGCAUUUGCAUUUACUUCCGACUUAAGAGUCGAAUUUCCAAGGCAAACCCUGUUUCAAGAUCAGAGAGGGCACAUGAAUCCAUUUUCUUAGUUACAUUUUCCAACAGCUGCAUUAUGAUGUGGAGCACUCCUUCGGGGGUUUUAACUGGGUUAUUUUCUCAGGAGCUGCGGUCAAGAAAGAGGCAAACAACUGGAUUGGCAUGUGUAGAUAUUCCUCCAGUGAACUCUCUACCACCCGACCAAGUGACUUCUCUUGAAAGUCAAGUUCUCUCAGAAUCUGGUACAUGGGGGAUGCCUGCUUGCAAAACAGCUGUAAAUUAUCCAAGUACUGAUGCUGUGGAGGAAAGGAAGGAUUUUUCCAGAGAAAGCUGUGCUGAUGUCUCAAAAAGACCAUUCAUAAGGGAAAAGUACAGGAGAAUAAAGGGUAAUCCAUGUAACAGAAGUACUGGCAAGUUGGGUAGCUUGAACAUGGCUCCAGCCAAACAAGAAUUGGGCAUAACAAGUGAAGACAAUUCUGAUGAAUUAUUUCCUGAACACAAUGGUAAUGUUGUAGACAAUCUGCAAGUGUUAAGAGGGAUGAAUAAAACUGUAUUAGAGCCCAGUCCAUCUCCUGUUAUGAAAGCCCAGAAAAAUAGCGCACUUGUUUCUUCUGUAGAACAUGGUUCUGAAGGGUUACUUCAUGUUGUAGACCCUGAGGCAUCGAAUAAGAUUUAUACUAAGAUUGAGGAGGAUAACAUUGAUCUUGAACAGUUAGAAAAAAUGAAGGAAAAUGCUGCUGAGAGAGGUGGAACUAUUGAUCCUGGAUGGAAAGUACAAAUUUCCGAUAAGCAAGUGAAUGUAAGACCCAAUUCAAUGAGAAGUGCUGUAGGGCACUUAAAAGAUAGGCAAAUCUGGAAAGAAGAGAAACCAGGUACAACGGAACCAAAUGGGGUUGCUUCUUGUGUUUCUGUUUGCUUGAAUGUGAGUGAUUCUAAAAAGGAAACCAUUGCGGGAAAUUUGGCCUUGGAUCAGGUUCCUCACAAAAUGGACAAGGAGACUAACAAACUAUCUUUAGAAGUUACCACCUCUGUUGUAGCAGAGCAUGGACCAAAUAAGGGCUGCAACUCUAUUCUGUGGAGUUCAAAUGAAACUAAAGAAAAACCUUUGCAUGAGCCAAUUAACCUUGAAAGGGAAGGCAGAGGCACAGGAUCACUGCAAAAUUUUGGUGACUUACAAGAAGAGCUCCCGAGUGAAUCAUCUAACUUAGAGACAGAAGACAGACACAUAAAGUCCAUGCCAAAUCUUAAAGAAAAACAAUCUCAGCCAUGGAGUGGAACAUCUGACCUCAGAAUAAAAGAUGAAAACAUGAAGAAUUUAAGUACACAUAGUAGUAAAGAUAUGAGGAAUAGUAAACAUAUGAAUUGGACCGAAGUCCUGGAGGAGAUAUUGAAUUCAUCAUGCAUGACUUCAGGUGGGAUUAGGAAUUCCAUUUCCAAGGCACUUGCUUCUGGCCCACCAGAAUGUGCAAAGAAGUUUCUUCAGGAAAGCAUUUCAAAGGAUGCUUCUAACAAUGGUGGAACUCUACCCAUGAAGGAGGCAGUUUCAUCAGUACUUCUUGCAUGGUAUCGAGGUGAACAGCUUGGUUACAGGUAUGAAGAAAGAGAGGAAUCUCCUGAGGAAAAUGAGAUUGUUCCGGAGAACACCAAGAUGGAGAAGGAUGCCUUUAUUAACAACUGUGGAAGAAAAAUGGCUGCACAAGAAGCUGUUUCUUCAUCAGAUGUGGUUACUAAACGUUGCUGUGACGUGUUCUUUAAGAUUAUUUCAUCAGAAAAAUUUAUGUUAUUAUGUAACUUGGUCCGUGGGAGUGUCACCGACUCAAGGGUGCAUGAGGUGUUUGAUUUUCGGCACAUCGAUUCAAGGAUGAAUUCUGGAACUUAUGGCAAGUCACCAGAGCUUUUCGCUUCAGAUAUGCAACAGCUUUGGAAAAAUGUACACAAGAUUGGUAAGGAGAUGGUUCUUCUGACAGAUGCGCUCUCACAACUUUCUCAAAAUUUUUAUGAAAAAGAGGUGGCUGCCGUGCUUCAGCCAGGAACUGCCCAGAGUUGUAAGCUCGAUGACACAGACAAGCCAACCAGUGGUGGAACUUUCUUAGACCAAGGAGAUGAAGCUGAGGAAAUGUGUAACCAGAGGAGACACAAAUUUGGACAGUUUCCUAGGGUUGGUGACAUCAGGAAUGAGUCUAUCACAACCUCUAAGAUUCUGGGAGACAAAGACAGUGUGAGGGUUGCUGAAGACAGGAAAGUUGAAUUGAAUGGCACAACCAAGGGUUUUAAUUUGUCUCCAAGUGGAAAAAUUCAAAUUGCUAUAAAUAGUCAAUGUCUACCAUGUGAAAAGUGUGACCAUCCUUCAUCAGGCACAGAUGGCAGUCUUUGCAAGGUGUGUGGCAUUGAGAUCAAUACUAACUGUAUGCUGAUAUGUGAUGCCUGUGAGGCAGCAUAUCAUAUAUAUUGCCUCUCACCCCCAUUAAAUGAGAUUCCCAGUGAGAGCUGGUACUGUUCGUCUUGUUACGCAGCUGGCAAGGAAUCACCAGAAGUUGACUUAUUUCAUGAUACACAGGAAACCAUGCUUAUCGAGGAAGGAAAGGACGCUGUUGUCUAUCACUGUGUUGUCUGUGAGCGCCUCAGCAAGAUGCAAAAUUUUCAGGUCAAGCAACAAGCUGAACCUCAAAGUGCGAGUAAAGGGGAUGUAGCAAACCUUCAAGGGGAAGAGGUAGAAUUGAGUAUGGAACAGAUAAAUUUGCAUACUAACAAAACAGAGAUGACUGAACAGGCUAGUGCUGAGGAACUUCAACCAUGUAAUGAGGAAUCAAUACAUGGACGACUUUGCAGAGUAUGUUCUGUUGGAGAAAAGGAUGGUGAUUAUCUUAUGGACUGCAGUAACACUAAAUGUGUUUCCAAGUUUUAUCACUUGAGCUGUUUGACACCAAAGCUGGAUACCAUUCCUCCACCUGGAUGGUACUGCCCUUCUUGCCUUUGCAGAAUCUGCUUUGUUGAUGAGAAUGAUGAUUUCAUAAUCCUUUGUGAUGAUUGUGAUGAAGGUUAUCAUAUUUACUGUUUGAACCCUCCUCUAGAUGAAAUACCAGAAGGAAAAUGGUACUGUUUAUCUUGUACAAGAAAACAGAAAAGGAAGAGGAGUAAGAAAUGCAAGGGAAAUGGAUCAAACAGGUUAAAUCGGAGGGUGCAACCAAAGAAGAAAUCUGAGAUGGUAGAUCAAUUUUUGUCAGCCAAUGUGGAUGUACUCAAGGAAUCACAUGGGGGUAAUGUUGGGAACCGUUUAAAUAAGAAAUCUUCUUCUCGUGUUCGUUUAAAGAAAAUAUCUUCAAUGGUGACACACAAUGUGCCAAAUGUCAUUUCUAACAGAAGUCAUUUUGCUACAGAUAAACUAUGUAAAGGUGUAAAACCAAAAGUGGGUAGAAAAAGGAAGAGAAUUUACUGAGAACAUGCAAGAUUGGAGUAUGAGUGAAUGAAUUAUUGAGAGAGUGCUUAAGGUGAAAAACUGUACUACAGUCGGCCACACUUGGUGCAUCUGGGACACACCUUGAUGGCUCAACUCUCAUAAGUGUCUUCCCAAUUGUACUUGAUUGGGUAAGUAUUUUUGUUGCUUCUUUUUCCUCUAUUUCUGGACAGAGAUGGCUUAAAACUUUCUACAAAAAAGAAAGGUUUAUGAGGUUGCAGCUUAUUAUAAAAUUGUCAAAGUUGCAUUUCAAACUAUUGUGGGCUUCAUGGCUCUUGUAAGGUGAUGUUAUAUAGGGUUAUUCUCUGAUCGACGAGGCACAUGGUUAUGCUUUCAGGGCAGCCUGUGGUUCAUGAGAAGAUUGGAGCUCCAUGUAAAUUCGGAUAAUGUAUUUAAUUCUCCUGAAGAAAAUCAAUUCACCUGAUUUGAUUUGGGUUGAACAACCAAAUUUUCUUAUUAGAAAUCUGAAAUUGAUUAUUUCUUAAGCAGAUUUACAACUUUAGUCAAAUAUAUCCUGGACUCAAAACAAGUGGAAAGUAGCUAAUACGCAAGAAUACACAUUGGUUUAAAACUUCAAAAGGGGAUUUGGCUCAUGUGAACUUAUGACUUUGUUCAAUCUAUCUCUACGUUGUGCAUGCUUUAAGCAUUUUUCCUCAUAAAAUCUAAUCUAGCAUAAAUAUAAAAAUAAUCUAUUUGACCCUUGCACGCGUGCACCUCAGCAAACUGUGGAGUUUCCCUUGACUAUGGCAAGUGGCUUAAGAUAUUCUGAUUUGGAGGAAAGAAGCCACAUGUGAUUUGGUGUAAAUUCCAUUCAGAAGAUAUGAAAUUCUGUGUCAUAGAAUCUUAUUAAACUA